AGGGUCAGUUCGGCCCCUGAUAAGAACUAUAGCUGAUAAAGCAAUGUCUUCACUGUUAAAAAUUCGAAAAUGCUUAAAAUAAAAUUUUGAUUCUCAAUUAUAAUAUUAUUCAGGAAAUCCACAGACUGAAAAUAUAUGCUUUAACGGGAUGAUUGAUAAAAUCUCGAUAUAACCGGAAAACCAACAUGUCAGCAUUUAAUUCUAGCGGGCCAGCGGAGAUAUUGAGAGCAGAACAAAAAGACGAAGAACUUUACGAACGGAUCAAUCGACAGCUAUGUGGAUUUAUUUUGAAACUUAAAGGACAUGUGUUUGUAAAUGUAAAUAAACAGAACAUCUUGUGCACUUCACAAUUACUGUACUAUGCACUUACAACGUUGUCUAAGCUCCAAACACUGGGUGAAGAGUAUACAAAAAUCGUUCAAGUUGGAAAAACUGGAAAACACAUUCCAGGACUUAUGCAAAGCACUGGUAUGAUACUAGCCCACGUGUUUGGAGACAGACUCAUCAUUCUAGCCUUAGAUCAUUGGAUCUAUUACAUUCAACAUAACAAAUCGAUAACGAGCCAGGCCAAAGAUCAAAUUAUACAUAUCGCUACAACUGUCAAAUCUCUUGUUCCACUACUACAAAGCCUUAACAGAGUAUUAUUUUAUUGGCAUGGUUCCUUUUAUACGUGGGCCAAACGAUUUUUUUUUAUUAAAUAUAUCUAUGCAAUUCCGUGGUACCAUCCUAAGCGGCCGUUACAUGUGUUUAAAAUUCUUAGUGUGUUAACUGGCAUCCAUUUGAGUGUGCUCAUGAUCAUGGCUGUAUUUAAAAACCCAAAAGUACAGAAGAACGUAGAAGAACAUCCCAGUCAGCCAAUUCCACUGAACAGCAGCAGUAAAUGUUCUCUUUGCUUAGAUCCAAGACAAAACACCUCACUUUCGUUUUGUGGACAUCUGUUUUGUUGGUAUUGUAUUCAUGAGUGGUUGCAGACUAAUAACUUUUGUCCAAUAUGCCGCAAAGCACUUAAUCCUAGAAUGGUGGUACCGUUACAAAAUUUUGCUUAGGUAAGCCUAAAACAAAUUUAUUGUUCAAUCGAGCGUUUAAU